AUGGAAACUUCUAAGUCUUCUAGCGACGAUAUAAACUUUCGUCCUCCUGAUGAGCCUGGCCCAUCUUUUCGAGUGCCUGAGAAUAUCAGCAGAAUGAACGGUGGCAAAAGACGCGGUUCAGGAAGAUUUGAUGAGUGGAUACAUAUGAGGGAGCAGCACAAUUUUAAGGAUAAUACAACGUUUGCCAGAUUUCUGUUGCAAUGUGCCCAGAAUGACCUUUGUCGUGACAAUGUCUCAAAUGUCACGGAACAACUAACUGCUUGGUGGUAUAGACGAAAGGGAAAGGUAUUUGAUUAGUUUUUUUUUAAAUGAUAAGGCUUUUAUUAAACCGAUAAAUUCUGCAUUGAAUAUAACAACAUAACGUUUGUGAAUUGUGUUUCAGGACGUUACCAGCCAGUCCAUUGUCAGUGACAAGCCAUGUUGACUUUGGCUCCCCUAUAGCGACUUCAACUCCUUGCAAAGGCAAAAAACACCUCUUUUUAAAUCAGGUAACUCAUACUGUUUACUGAUUUUUAUUUUUGGCAUGCCAGCUUUAUCAGCUUUUUGACUUUGUACUUUCAAUUUGUAAAUAUGGAUACAUAUACUUUACAUUAUUAUUCAUUAGAUAUACAAUUUGUGUUUUGAUUGGUUAGCCUCCUGCAAAUAAUUCCUAGUAUUUGUAAUUAUGACAUCAUAUCUAGAAAUAAUUCCAUGAUGUCAUAUAUACAAAUCAUAGGAGAGAUUAUUGGACGGCGCCUGCGGCAUUACAGCGGUAACGUGCAUGAAAUUACAAAAGCGUGGGAAGUUUGUGAUUUUGUUUUCUUAACUACAAUGGCCACAAGCCUACAAGUGCCCGUUUUGCAUCCCAUUCAAGGAUGAAAAUGAAUAAUAAAACAAUAAUUGAAUUCAGUUUUCAUUGACCUCGGUCUGAAUAAUUCUGGAUAUCCUGCUCAAUUAUUGAUAAGAUUAUGGGGAAAUCUGUACAGUAUGGCAAAAUAAAAACGUCAAUGUAGCCAGCAAGUGCCACAAGACCCACAUUACUAGAAGUAGAUUAUUUUAUACUGUUUUACUGAACUGUUAUGUAUAAUCUAUUUUAGGUGUCAAUCAAUCAACAUUGGUCAUUGAACAUCUCACUCUACCCACCCACAAUAGAGUAUUUAUUGAUUCGGUGAUUAGAAACACUUCAAUUACAAUGCAAUCCCUGCAUCUACAAGAUGACAGCGAUGAUGAAAGUGUCUUUGAUGAAAGUGCAGAUGAAAGUGGUGAUGAUGUUUAUUGUGAAUCUGAUGUCAGUAGCACUAGUAGUUAUGAUGAUGAUGAUGAUGAUAACAUUCAUCAAGCAUGUUACUUGCCACCAGAAUUUGAUCAACUGAACAUUUCAUGUGAUAAAGACUUUUUGGAUCAUGAAAAUGAUGGCAUUGAUUCAACACUGAUUGAACCAGUUGAUAUGGACACUAGUUCAACUGAAGGAUUAGGAUCCAUUGAAUGUAACAUACCUUCAAUGUCAUAUGAACAGCCUGAUUUAGUGGAGGGAAACGAUCCUUUGACCAGACUUCUUCCAGCUGGCUACGAGAAUUGUAAGGUUGCAGAUAUUGAGGAAGAGCUAUGA